AUGGAGUUUGUCGAUAGAUUCAAAGCUGCCAUUGACUUGGAACAGAAGGUUGACUUAAACCAAACCAACGCGUACUUAGAAACUUACAGUGUGAAGAAGUUGGCUAAGUUAGGUUUGGCGGUAGUCAAUUUGAUCAUUGAUAAUAUCCGAACAGGAUUGGGUGGUAAAACUGUCAUUGAACUUGUGAUCGAUACCGCCAUAGGUAAAGAUAUUGAAAUCGGUAGCAUUAAGACCGGAGAUAUCGUCAAGAUCGAUAAGAUGGGUGAAGAUUCAGAAGAAUUGAACGGGGUGGUGACCAAGAUCUCUACAUCUUCAAUAUCGGUAUCAAUUGAUGAAGACAAAGAUGAAGAUAAUGUGUUGAACAUGUAUAACAAUACCGGUAGUGAUAAUAAGAUUUAUAUAGUCAAGCUUACUAAUUCCAUAACCUAUAAACGGAUGAUGAUAACUAUGAACAAGUUGAAUGAAUUGAAGGAUAAGCCCGAUAUCAUGAAAGUAUUAUUGGGAGAGAUGCCUUAUUUCCAGUAUAACUCUAAGAUUAAAGUUAAGGAGUUCUUCAAUGAUAAUUUGAAUGGUUCACAAAAGGAAGCCAUUGAAUUUUGUUUGAAUUCUCCCGUUUCCAUCAUUCAUGGACCUCCAGGAACUGGUAAGACUUUCACAGUAAUAGAAUUAAUCAAACAAUUGGUUAGUGUUAAUGAGAGAGUUUUAGUUUGUGGACCUUCAAACAUUUCUGUGGAUACAAUCUUGGAACGAUUAUCCCUGAAUUUUGGAGGGAAAAAAAAGAAUAAUGGUAAAUUGAUAAGAAUCGGACAUCCGGCAAGAUUAUUGGAUAAGAACUUACAACACAGUUUAGAUAUCCUCAGUAAGAACACUUCCUCGGACAUUUUAUCCGACAUUGAUAAUGAUAUCAGAACCACGUUAAAGAACAUUAAGAAAUGUAAGAGAAGAUCAGAAAGGAAAGGGUUGUACCAGGAAUUGAAACAAUUGAAGAAAGAGUUACGUGUUAGGGAGAAAAAGGUGAUUAAGGAUCUUCUUCUUGGAUCACAAGUGGUUUUGAGUACUCUUCAUGGAGCCGGAUCUCGAGAAUUAUUAUCAGUAUAUGAUCAAGGACCUAAGUUUUUCGAUACGAUCAUUAUUGAUGAAGUUUCACAAUCUCUAGAACCUCAAUGUUGGAUUCCUAUAAUUCAUCAUUUGGGGAUUAAAAGAAUCAUUAUAGCUGGUGAUAAUAUGCAACUUCCUCCUACCAUCAAAACCUUGGAUGAAGAUAUUAACAUCGAUUUCAAAACCACCGCCAAUUUAGAGAAAACGUUAUUUGACAGAUUAAUGGAAAUUGGUGGUGAACAAUAUAAGAAACUACUAGACACUCAAUAUAGAAUGAAUGAAGAAAUAAUGGAAUUCCCAUCAUCAGAAUUAUACGAAGGGAAACUUAAAGCCUUUGAAGCCACCAAAGAUAUCUCUUUACAUGAUCUAGUUGAUGAUGAGGUUGAUGAUGAUGACUUUAGUAAAUGUAUUUGGAUAGAUACUCAAGGAGGAGAGUAUCCUGAACAAGCCAAUGAAGAUGACAACUCCAAGUACAAUGAACAUGAGAUAGUUUUAGUUAAAAAGCAUUUGGAAAAGUUAAUCAACUUGGGUAUUAAACCUCAGGAUAUCGGUAUUAUAUCUCCGUAUAACGCUCAAGUAUCGUUAUUGAAGAAACAACUUGAAGGAAUAGAAAUCAGUACAGUUGAUGGAUUUCAAGGCCGAGAAAAGGAGGUCAUCAUCAUAACUUUGGUCAGAUCCAAUGAUAACGGAGAGAUUGGGUUCUUAAAAGAUAGGAGAAGAUUAAAUGUUGCUAUGACUAGACCUAAAAGACAAUUAUGUGUGAUAGGAGAUCUAGAAUUAAUGAAUCGAUCCACGGAAUUCUUGAAUCAUUGGAGUCAAUACGUGGAAGAUAAGUUUGAUCUAAGGUAUCCCGAUAUGGAAUAUUAA